AUGGCUUACUCUCGGACGGCCGCCGUGGUCGUGCUGCUGCUGCAUGCGGCGUGCCUCUCAUCGCCGCAUCGUCUGGUGGCAGGCCACGUGUGGCCUCUCAGAGAAGAAGCUUCUUGCCGCGAGAUGGCCGUCAAGGCGCCUCCCACAUGCCCCGCUGGCGUGGUGUGCCCGACGGGAGCGUACUGCGUGGUGGACAGCGGCGGCUUCCCCUUCUGCAAGUGUCUGAGCGGGGAGGGCAUCAUCAACAGCGGCGCGUGCAUCGGUGCCAUGAGCUGGAAGACGGUCGGCACGAGCGUCGUUCUCUACAACAAGGCCUCCUUCGCCAACUCGCCCGCCACGCUCGCACCCGCCGUGCUGCGCGCGCCGGCGCCCAACUCGUCGGUGUGUCGGGUCGUUCCAAAGGGCUUUAACGGCACGGUGGGGUCGCUGCGGAUUAUGUGGAACGUGGAUGACGGCGCCAAGGACCACCUCAUGUGCGGCAAGCUCGUCUUCUGGGACAAGCCCGACUGCUCGGGUUCUUCAUUUGUGUAUGAGAUUCCCGGCAAGUGGACGGCAGCCAAGGCCGACAAGUUCAACUACGCCACCACCAGCGUCAAGCGAGUGGCCGUGGUGCAGCACCGUUGCAUUGGCCUUGGCUCUGCGUCUGCUGAUUGCGUUGACCGCAGGUCCUUCUCGUGUCUGGCGUCCGUGAAGCCGCCUGAAACGGACCUCUCUGCCACGGCGGCAUGCCCGCCCAACUCCAAGUGCUCCCUCAAGAACAGCUCCUAUGCCGUGUGCACGUGCGACCCUGGCACCACCAUGGUCGACAAUGGCUACUGCGUUGGAGUCGUUCCGGACGUGGCUGACGUGGCCAUCAGCAUCUACAGCGCUCUGAACUUGGGCGGAAAGAAUCCUCCCUACGUCUUCCGCCUCAAGCCCAGCAAGUGUGUCAACAUUCCAAUUGGCGUGCUCACGAGCAGCAAGUCGGUGGGCAUGCUGUUCCGUGCGCCGGGGUCGAACCUGAGGUGCACGUCCAUCAUCAUCUACGAUGCGGUCAACUGCGGUGGUAACCAAAUCAGCUCCGACGUGCCUCCUGGCAAUGACGUUUCUGCCGUUCCCAUUCUGUGA